CGCAACAGAUCCACACGCGUUUAAUCUCGAUGUCGGUGCGAGCAACCUGUUCACCAUGAGCCACUGGCACUGUGCGCACGGCUGUCUCUCCAUCGCGCUGCUCCAGCUGUUUCUGCUCCAGCUGCUGCCGCCGCUCUCCCCUGGGCGCGUGGCGGAGCCCGCGGUGGCGGCGGAAUACUCCUCCAAAACCGACUUGGACUAUGAGUUCGGGGACUACCGGGGUAAGUGGUGCAUCGACGACCACGGUUUCGUCUACGGGAUUGGAGAGGUCUAUUACCCGAGCCCCACGGCGUGUCCGUGCACGUGCACCUCGGAUGGUCCCGUGUGCGUCCGACCAAAGUGUCCCCGCAUCCACCCCCGGUGCACGCGGGUCAGAUAUAAAGCGUGCUGUCCGGUGUGUGACGCUAUGGCCAGGGUCUGUGUGUACGGGGGCAACACUUACCGACUGCUCGAGGAAUUCAGGCUGUCGAGGUGUGAGCGAUGCCGCUGCGAGGCCAACAGAGAGGUGUACUGCAGCAUUUCAGGCUGUCCCGCCCCCCACUGCGUCAACCCCACCUACGAACCCAACCACUGCUGCCCAAUUUGCAAGGCUGGUCCCAACUGCUUUGCUGGGAGCAGGGUGAUCCCGGCAGGGCAGCGUGUCAACAUAGACGAGCAAACCGUUUGCUACUGCACCUACCGGGACGGCACGUGGCACACCCACCCCUACGCCACCUGCGAGCAGCCGCCCCAGCCCAGCCCAACACCUGAUGCUCACAUUAAGCCAUCCAGGGACGAGGACACCUAUGGGAAAGGCGGGAGAAGGUAUAUUGCCAGACUGGAUGCGAUACCAUGAAGUGGACUGUGGAAUGUGUUCUGCAGGUACAAAUAAACUCGUAUCCGUUAGUAUCAGGACUGAUUAACUCAGUAUAGCAAUAAUCCACCUGCACAUUUAAAUUUGAUUGAUAAAAUUUGAUUGAUUGACAUUUAAGUUAACAACACAAACGUUUGGAUUAUCUCAAGUGUCCACAGCUGCAUUGCUUUGUGUUUGUGCUUCGUCUCAGUCAUGGUUCCACAUGUUUCAGAGGUGUCUGUUCUACAGAAACCACAAUUCUGAUACAGAUACAAUUUAAGAUUCUUGCAGCUCAGUUCCAUAGAUGGAUAGAGGAUUGUGCUGCUACGUCUCUCAAUUGAAGUAUUUACUACCCAACAUAUUUUUUUACCUGAAUGGCCAUAACAUUGUGUCGUAGCCUACGUCCACUCUAAAACUCUCCAUUUUGGGACUUCCAGGUAUUUUCAAACCCGAAAGCAGAGAAGAGGAUUGGAGGUGUUGUGACAUUAAGUCAAACUUUUUUUGUUCACGCAUAAAUGUCAAUGUAGCCAAUAACACAGAGCCGCUGCUGCAAUUAGCCUUUACUUGUGUUUACUUUCUAUCAAAGAGAAAAAAGAAUUUAGAAAAGAGUCACAAGUGAUGGAUCCCUCUUCCAGUAGGGGCAGAAGUGCAAUAGAUAUCACAUGUAGCAGAGCACAUCAACAUUAUAACAAUAUUUACAACAUUAAUGUAUCAUGUUUCAAUGAUUUAUACAAAAGAAAAUGUCUGACAGAGAUGAAGGGAGCAGUGAUUGUAAUGAUAGAGGUAAUAGUAGUAUACGUGGGCAGGCAUAUUGUAUACCUAAUUAAUGUAGUGAUGGUGAGGCAGAGGGGUAAAGUAAACUAAACCACUGAACUUAAGUAACUGAGACACAAACAUGCUAGAAAACUAAGGAAGACGAAACACUUCACAGUCACAGCCACAAGUCUGAGCCGUCAACAGCUGUUUGCAGUGAUAUGAGGAUCCUCAAAUCCUUUGCACACAUCAGGAGACAUAACAUUUAUAAUUUGUAAUCAUUGAGUCCAGUAGAGACCAACACACUUGAAGAGGGUCGACCAAGGUUAGAGGGUGAGACGGAGAAAGAUCGAAGGGUCACUAUCCUGACCACAUGCAUUUGCUUCAGUUCUAUGUGAUGAAUAUAUAGAUAUAGAUAGAUCCAAGUUACUAUGACAGUACUUUCCCUGCUGCUGCAAUUGUUUUCAUUGGAGUAGUUUUUUGUCUGUGUUCACAAAGUAAUCCUUCAGUGUUGUUGAAAUAACAAAGGUGUUGGUGUUGAAUAGAGAAGAAAUGCUUUAAUAAGACUGUGGAUGAAUCUACAGGGAGGUGGGUGUUGAGGGUGGAUAAAUCAAACACACACGCACUGAAAACCAAGGUCCCAUUUAGAAAAGCACAUAGACUGAUAGCAUAUUUUACUUGGGGACACCUGCUAGUUUUUAUCAUAUUUUAUGAAUUUUCAAAUAAAUGUAAAACUAGCUGUUUUCAAGUCAUAUUUUUUUUUAUAUGCAUGUCAAUAAACAAUUAAAUGUAAGUGUCACUGUCAUGGAGUCUGUGAGAUUGUAUGUGGUUCAAAAUGGUCAACAAACAGGAAAUUAAUAUAAAGAAAUAUGAUCCGGAUUGGAUUAUGCCCCCUGAUCCAGAUCUUCACAGAAAAGUAAUGGUUCUUCCUUGGAUCAUGCUCCCCACUGAGCAGGAUGUCAUGGAAAUCCAUGGAGCAGGUUUCUUCGUAUCCAGCUGACUAACGAACAAACAAAUACAAAUGUAACCUCCUGGAGUUAAUUACGACGAAGGUGUCAGAUGCAUGGAGAGGAGUGAAGUGAACGUGUGAAUAAAAGAGAGUGAUGAAGCCACUCACUGUGCUGUCUUAGUUUCUACCUUUGUGCCCAUGGGAGAGAUGCUCUGUGAGUUACAGUCCCACUUUGUGUCACUGAGGGUGAGGUUGGGAAGGAGGAGAUAAAUGUCUUUAGGGGGACAGAGGGGAAAUGAGUGUUGGGUGCAGGUGGCGGCUUGGUGCCCCUCUGCCAUGACCCUGCUGCUUUCCAUCUGUAAGCAUAGAGAUGUCCAAGCUUACAAUAACCUUGUAGCCAGGAAAACAAAUAGGCUUCUCUAUGUAAUAUCAGAAUGCAUGCGUGUCCAGUAUUCACCACCCACAGUAUGCAGUAUGUAAUGUGCAAGUCCUGUGAUAGUGGUUAAAUGACUGGGCCAUGUCCCUGCAGUGUCCACAAAAUAUGUGAUUUCUCUUUUGAACAAUGUUAUUCUUCUUUAACUCAUUAAAGUGUUCAUUGCUACAGCUUAUGCUUCAUUUUUUCGCAACUCUUGAAUCACCUCCUCACAUGCAUUGCUCCAGCCUGUGUCCGCUCAGCUCCUAACAUGCUCUGCAGGUGAUUUCAUUGCACUCUGGUUUGUCACAAUAUUUACAGAUGGGUUGUCUGGAUGCUUUACAUAUAUCCUGAUACUUGUUGUUCAUCUGUAUUAAGUUUAUUAGGUUCCACUGUUCAGUAAUUCCCUGCAGGUUUCUGGACGCCCUCCAAUGGUAGGAUAGAGCAAGUUAACAAGAUGAAACUGUGCUGUUGAAGAUAUUGAGCUCAUCAAUAUACAACUUUAAACGGUUAAAAAGGUCCAGUGUGUAAGAUUUAGGUAGGGAUAUAUUGGGAGAAAUUGAAUAUAAAUUAAUCCUAGUGAUGUUUUCACUAUUUUGCAAUCAUCUAAACAUAAUACUUUUUUUUUACCCUAGAAUGGACCAUUUAUACUUUCAGGAGCAGGUCCCCCUCUAUGGAAGAGGCUGUGCUUUUUCAUUUACAGUAGCUCAAACUGGACAAUCUGGUUUUACAGUUUUUCUCCAUUGCUUUGGCUCAUUUCACGAAACAGAAAUGACAUUCUCAAAACAACACGUGCAAACCUCCAAACCACUGGGCACUUGUUCACAACAGAUUGGAAUAUCUCAUUCCUUUAAUCAAAUUGCAAUUGUAUUAGCACAUCCUUGCAAUGACAAGUACAAUUUCCAACAGCUUGCACAAAUUUCAAAUGAUUUAGCACACCUUUGCAAAC